GGGUUCGUGGGAAAUCAGUGAGAGCCAUUCAGAACUAAAGUAAGAAGCAGGGAGAGGAACUCCCACAGUGCCCAUCAUUUCACUACCACAUCCACCGGUGGCCCCUCCGCGACCAGCAGGCAGAGAAACCCCCUCCAAAGAUGGCUCCCAUCUGCAUCAAAACUGUGCUGAUCAGUGAAAGCGUUGACCCUCGCUGCAGGGCGAUCUUGGAGGAAAACGGCAUCCGUGUCACUGAAAAGCAGAGUAUGAAAAAGGAGGAAUUAAUCGCAGAGAUCAAGGACUACGAUGGCCUUGUUGUUAGAUCUGCGACCAAGGUAACAGCGGACAUUAUAAAUGCUGCUGAUAAUCUCAAAAUUAUUGGGAGAGCUGGGACCGGUGUGGACAAUGUGGAUGUUGAUGCUGCCACCAACAAGGGCGUUAUUGUCAUGAACACACCAAGUGGCAACACCAUCAGUGCCGCCGAGCUGACCUGUGCCCUGCUGAUGAGCCUCUCAAGAAAUGUGCCUCAAGCUGUGAUGUCAAUGAAACAAGGCAACUGGGAUCGCAAAAAGUUCAUGGGAGCAGAGCUGUACGGCAAAGUGCUUGGGAUUGUCGGGCUGGGACGAAUAGGAAAGGAGGUUGCCACAAGAAUGCAAGCAUUUGGCAUGAGGACGAUCGGCUAUGAUCCGAUCACUCCGCCUGAGGUGUCGGCAAGUUGGGGGGUGGAGCAAAUGUCUCUGGAGCAGCUCUGGCCGCAGUGUGAUUACAUCACUGUCCACACUCCUCUGAUGCCCUCCACAGUUGGUCUGCUCAAUGAUGAAACAUUUGCAAAGUGCAAGAAAGGAGUGAAGGUCGUGAACUGUGCAAGAGGAGGCAUCAUCGAUGAAGAGGCUCUUCUCAGAGCUUUGGAGUCUGGACAGUGUGGAGGAGCUGGACUCGAUGUUUUUAUUGAGGAGCCGCCUAAGAAUCGUUCUCUGGUGAACCAUCCUAAUGUCAUCAGCUGUCCUCACCUUGGAGCCAGCACCACGGAGGCUCAGGCCCGCUGCGGCGAGGAUAUCGCCCUGCAGAUUGUGGACAUGGUGAACGGCAAGAACCUGGUCGGAGCAGUAAAUGCUCAGGUUUUAGCCGGCACGUUCUCCCAGGAGUCUCAGCAGCUGAUCAGACUCGGAGAAGCUAUCGGAGCGGUGCUUCACUCCUGCAGUGCCUCUAGGAAACCGUUCAGUCAUGCUCACAUCAUCACUCAAGGGUCAGGGGACUUCAUGAAAUCCUGUGGGGGUUAUUUGACCUCAGCUGUACUUGUGGGACUUUUGAAACAUGAAUCUGGAUGUAGUGCUAAUCUUAUCAACAUCCAGAGCCUCGCCAAGGAGAGUGGAAUAGCGGUGAAUCAGAGCCACUGUGCGUCUGAGGAAGCAGGAUUGUGUAAGGUGGAGGUUGUGGCAGACGGCCACAGCUGUAAAGCGAGCGGAUCGGUUCAAGGAGGCGUUCCUGUCCUGCUGGAGCUGAGCGGCAGUGUCUUCAGGCAGCCCGUCUCUCUGACUGGAAAUCUGCUGUUUCUCCAGGCUUCUGCCGACCCUCAGCUGCUGCCCUCUGUGGCUGGAGUGUUGGCUUCGGAGGGAGUGCAGAUUGAGUCUUUCAGCGCUCCUGCGGACCACACUGGGGAUGUGUGGUAUUGCGUCGGGGUGUCCUCCCUCCUGCAAGAUCUCAACGUCUUGAAACCUUUGGUUAAGAAUGUAGCACAGCUCAGUAUCUAAACAAAAACUGUCCCAGAAUAACAUUUAGUCUGUGAAGAACCCUAGUCUUCUCAAGAGGGCUGGAUAUAAAUAACCUUUCUUUGUUAGUGUUUACAGCUAACGGCUUGUUUAGUAGUUGCACACAUUUAAAAUUAUUUUUAGAGCAUUCCAGUGUUUGUGUUUAUUGAAUUUGUUGAAGUAAAACCUAAAUAAAAUGUUGGGCAUGAA